AUGGAUUGGAUGUGGCAAGAGUAUCAAGCCACGGUGGAUAAGAUGUCUCACAAUCAAUUAGCUGACGACUUCCUAUUCGGCUUCGAAAUCGGAAAUGACUUCCAGCGAUGGUACGUCGCAGAUUUAAUUACUAGCGGCUAUGUGCCUGAGGAUGACAUGAACACUUUGACCCACCUCAGCUUGAUGCGUGGUUUCGAGGAGCUUGACCAGCUGGUCUCCUGUGCAAGUUCAAUGAGAGGGAAGGCAUCUUUCGAUAACCCCCUUGAUGGACAAGACACUCUCACCUUCAUUUCCAAGAUUCUCCACCCGGUUAGCUCAUUGGGCGAGCGAUCUAGUGCGCUACAAACACCUCACCAGCAUGCCAAAAAUUUCAGGCAGAAGUUGGAUGACUGUCGCGGUAAGAUAGAAUUAGGUCAAGCCGCUGUGAAGCGCGGAAAGGAUAAGCAGUCACCAUUUUGGUCCACCCUUAACGCGGAGUCAUCUCAGAAACAGGUGGUUCAGUCAGCAGAUGACCUGAGGCAACGAGAGAAGAAGAUGACGAAGGGGAGAAGGAAAUCGAGAAAAAAGAAUAUCAGAAAAAGAACGAAAACCCAGAAAGUUAGAGGAGAGGACAAUAAGAAUGAUAUUUCGUCUCACGCCUUACCUACGCGUCCAGUCCUCCGUGAAGCGACUCGUCAUCGAAGCAAUAAAGCGUCUGUGAGUGGUUUCAAUGUCCUGCGCGAAAUCUCCUUGUCACUCGCGUCUACAAAUACAGAAGUAAGAGGGUCAUUACAGUGCCGACAGUCUCCGCUGAGAGAUUUCAACGACGGUGGAACGGUGUCGAAUACGAUUGGAUCGGAUUCAGACCUGCCGCAUGAAGGUGGCAGCCUGGAUAAAAUUAAAUCGGCAACUGGAAAGGAAGAAAGGAUAUGUUCCGUAUCUCAAGCCCAGAACCAAACACCAAAACGCACAGCAAAAUCACCAUACUUCAAUACCGAGGACGCAUCUCCUUCCCGGGGAAAAGUUGCCCGUCCCCUUCGUGGGACAGUCUCAUGUAUCCCCUUUCCGCGACUGGAUGCCCCGAAAUUUGGCUUGAUUCAGGAAGACCUCGCGACCGACCCCUUUCGCCUCCUCAUAGCUGUUACCUUCCUGAUCCGCGUCAAAGGGAAACACGCAUUGCCAGUAUUCCACGAGCUCAUGAGUAUAUAUCCAACGCCAGAAGACUUAGCGGAGGCUAAUGCGGACGACAUUAUAAAGACGAUCAAACACCUCGGGCUUGCAAUAGUCAGGACCACUGCAAUCCAAAAGUAUGCACGCAUUUGGAUAGAUAACCCGCCUAGAGCUGAUGUCCGAUAUGACGUGAAGAACUAUCCCGGACCUAGCAGGGCCGAUAUACGGAUGAACGAGGGUGAAUCAUUAAGUUCUAUCAGCAAAAGGCUCCCAGCUUGGGAGAUUGGCCACAUGACGCAAGGUAGGUAUGCUAUCGACAGCUGGAGAAUAUUUUGUAGGGAUGUCCUACUUGGACGAGCGGAGGAUUGGAGGGGCAAAGGGCGAGAAGGAGAAUUCCAACCUGAGUGGAUGCGGGUGCUGCCGGAAGAUAAAGAACUCCGGGCUUGCCUUAGAUGGCUCUGGAUGCAAGAAGGCUGGACAUGGGAUCCGAGAACUGGGGAUCGAGAGGUUCUAUCAGAAGACCUGCGGAAAGCAGUUGAUGAGGGCAGGGUUGCUUAUGGUGAUGCCGGAGAACUAAAAAUCGUCGACAAGUGAGGUUUAUGUUUGCCCAACCCUCCUUAGCAUAUCGCAUGGCUGUCUAUAAAUGGCCAAUACUAUAUAAAAUAAGUCAGCACUAGCUAUUUAACAAACUGAAAGUCUAGCAUAUUUAGGCUAUACUAGAAGUAACGACGUAAUC